GUCGCAGUUCCACGGCACUUCUCGCCGUCAUAUUGAUAAGACCUCGUUCAGGAACAUUGCCCUGAAACUAUCUUUAUCAUUGCUUAGAGACCCAGCUCAUCGCCAUCCUCGACAAUCCACCUCCCUCCAAUGCCCCCAUACACCUUCCAUCGUCCUCUUCUCUAGCAACACUACAUCCAAACCGAUCCCAUCAUGGACGACGACAGACUUCCCACCCUCCUCUCCUCUCUACCUCCAUCCUCCCAAUACUUCUCCCUCGAAUUCUUCCCACCAAAGACCUCCUCUGGCUUCUCCAAUCUCCAGUCUCGCCUGGCUCGCAUGACCGCCGCUCUUCGUCCGCUCUUUGUCACCGUAACAUGGGGUGCUGGAGGUUCCACUGCUACAAAAUCUCUUGAGCUAGCCGAAAUAUGUCAACGCCAGCUUGGUAUCACUACCGUUCUUCAUCUCACUUGUACCAACAUGAAACGCGCUGCUAUUGACGAGGCUCUGGAAUCUGCAAAAGAAGUGGGCAUUCGGAAUAUUCUUGCUCUCCGAGGAGAUCCUCCACGACAAGAGUAUCGCGACACAGACGAGAACGGCAGUGGUGGCGCCGGAACCGACAGUAACCAGGAAUUUGCCCAAGCCGUCGACCUCGUUCGUCAUAUUCGCUCUCAAUAUGGGGACUACUUUUCUGUUGGUGUCGCCGGAUAUCCCGAGGGCCAUGCCGAUGAAAGUAACCCGGAGAGAGGCAAGCAAUCCGUCGACAACGAUAUGCCCUAUCUGGAAGACAAGGUCGCCGCAGGAGCCGAUUUCAUCAUGACUCAGCUCACAUACGAUGUGGUCGCCUACCAAGCAUACGAAACCAGAUUGAGAAACCACGUCACCCAGGAUGGACGAAAGCUUUUUGCAAACAUCCCCAUAAUACCCGGCCUCAUGCCCAUUCAAAGUUAUCAAAUCAUAAAACGCAUCACCAAACUCAGUCACGCCAGGAUCCCCGACGCCAUUUUCCAACGAAUCGAACAGGUCAAGACCGACGACGAAGCCGUUAAGAAGGUUGGCGUCCAAGUUUUGAGCGAAAUCGUGGAACAAAUUAAGGAACUGCCCCAACCCGAUGGCAUGCCCAGAGGUUUCCAUUUCUAUACUCUCAACCUAGAAAAGUCGGUCGCCUUUAUCCUUGAAAACACCAACCUCAUCCCUCCAAUUUCAGACUCGAGCCCCAUUGACUCGUCCGACUCGGAAGCUCUGGUCGAUGACGAUAAGGUCCGAAACUACACAAGUGCGCGUCUGCCCAGUGGCCAGAACGGUCAUGUCGCUCAUUUCUCGAAAAGACGAGCCUCUUCAAUGAAUGCACAACCCCACAAUAGGGUUAUCACCGACGAUUUGCCCCACCAAAAUGGGCACUCCCGCCCCACAACCGACUCCCGCCCGCUCCUCUCCCAACACGAAGCCGCUGGUCGAGGCUCAGGCAUCCCGGCAUCCAUUCCCACUCGUAAACACAACCUCCUCAUCUCCGAAGGACAAGGCGCACUGGGAAGAGAAGCAACCUGGGAUGACUUUCCCAAUGGUCGUUGGGGUCCCUCUCACUCUCCCGCAUUCGGAGAGAUUGAUGGCUAUGGUCCGAGUCUCAAGGUCGGCCCCAUCACCGCCAGAAAAUUGUGGGGCCACCCCAAAUCAUCUCAAGACGUGACCAGUCUAUUCCGGCGUGUCGUUACUGGCGACCUCGAGGCUGUCCCUUGGAGUGACGAGGUUGACGUCGACGGGGCUGGCACAGGUCCCGGAGCACUCCGUGCCGAAACAAAGGUCAUCCAACAAGAUCUCCUUGCGCUGAUUGAACGCAAGGGUUACUGGACACUGGCGAGCCAGCCUGCCGUGGACGGAGCCAAAAGUGAAGACGAAACAUUUGGCUGGGGUCCUCCUGGUGAAGGAUUCGUCUUUCAAAAGGCUUUUGUUGAGUUUUUCUGUUCCCAAGAAGAGUGGAACCAACGUCUUCGCCCGCUUCUACUUAAACACGGCGAGGACAAGCUCGGCUGGAUGAAGACGGAUGCGCAGGGCAUUUUUGAAUCCAGCGAUGAGGAGUUUCACCGUCACAGCGUCGAUAAGCCGACGUCGAAGCGAAAUCCAGGCGUGCACGGGGUCAGUGCCGUAACCUGGGGCGUUUUCCGUGGCAAGGAAAUCAUCUCACCAACCAUCAUUGAGAGUGAGAGUUUCAAGGCUUGGGGAGAAGAGGCUUUUAGCAUCUGGAGCGAGUGGAGACGAUGUUUUCCACGAGGGAGUGAUGAGGAGAUGUUGUUGGAUAAGUUGAGAACCGACUCUGUCUUGGUUAAUGUGGUUGGACAAAACUACAUCAAAGGUCAUCAAGGUGAAGGUGGCGAAUUGUGGAGGAUAUUGUUGGAAGAACCUUGAUCUUGGAAUACCAGGGUGGAUAUCCUCAAUGAGAUUGAGCUUGCUGGAUUGUCCAGGAGCAUGAGUAGAACCACGCGACCCUCGUGUUGAUAUUGGUAUACCAAUAAAAGCUGUGAUGAUGACCUGAAUAGCCUGAUGCGUUGGAGUGUAGGACGGGAUAUCUGGAGAAUCACC